GCGCCCCUCUCUGUAGCCUUUCCUGCCACUCGGGGCCCCCGUCCCCCCUCCCGGCGGCGGGGGGCUGCCCCCGGGGGGCUGGCGGAGCUGGGCCGCGGGGGCCCCGGGGCCGGCGGUGCCGGGGUCAUCGGGAUGAUGCGGACGCAGUGUCUGCUGGGGCUGCGCACGUUCGUGGCCUUCGCCGCCAAGCUGUGGAGCUUCUUCAUUUACCUUUUGCGGAGGCAGAUCCGCACGGUAAUUCAGUACCAAACCGUUCGCUAUGAUAUCCUCCCCUUAUCUCCUGUGUCCCGGAAUCGGUUAGCCCAGGUGAAGAGGAAGAUCCUGGUGCUGGAUCUGGACGAGACGCUCAUUCAUUCCCACCACGAUGGGGUCCUGAGGCCCACAGUCCGGCCUGGAACACCCCCCGACUUCAUCCUCAAGGUGGUAAUAGACAAACACCCUGUUCGGUUUUUUGUACAUAAGAGGCCUCACGUGGAUUUCUUCUUAGAAGUGGUGAGCCAGUGGUACGAGCUGGUGGUGUUUACAGCAAGCAUGGAGAUUUACGGCUCUGCCGUGGCAGAUAAACUGGACAAUAGCAGAAGUAUUCUCAAGAGGAGAUACUACAGACAGCACUGCACUUUGGAGUUGGGCAGCUACAUCAAAGACCUCUCUGUGGUCCACAGUGACCUGUCCAGCAUUGUGAUCUUGGAUAACUCCCCAGGGGCUUACAGGAGCCAUCCAGACAAUGCCAUCCCCAUCAAAUCCUGGUUCAGUGACCCCAGCGACACAGCCCUUCUCAACCUGCUCCCAAUGCUGGAUGCCCUCAGGUUCACCGCUGACGUCCGCUCCGUGCUGAGCCGAAACCUUCAUCAACAUAGGCUCUGGUGACAGCUGCUCCCCCUCCACCUGCAUUGGGGUGGGGGGGAACGGGAGGGCGAGCCCUCGGGAUGCUGUCGGAUGCCCUGUCCAAUGUGAGGACUGCCUGGGCAGGGUGUGCCCUUCCCACCCCUCGCUGCCCUCGGAGUCUGGAUGGACACACGGGCCAGGCUUCCAAGCAGCCUCACUCAGUUCACGGUCACACUCCAUGGAAACCCAGACUGGGACAGGCCGAGGCCUAGGAGAACCGAGCCGUGUCUGGUGGAGACAGGACUGGCCAGAGAGACAGACAUACCGUGCGUGACCCAGGAGGCUCAAAGAGAAGCCGAGUCAGCUUUGCUGUGAUUUGAUUUUUUUUAAAACUCUUGUACAAAACUGAUCUAAUUCUUCACUCCCGCUUCAAGGGCUGGGCUGUGGGUGGGAGACUGGGGAUUUGGGUCACUGGAUCUCCCCUAAUUUACCCUUCCCUUACUUUCCUUCUAUUUUUCUCUCCCUAGAUUCCUCAGACCUGUAACCAACUUUAUCUCUUUUUUUCCUUUCCUCUCUUUUAAACCAUGCAUUAUAACUUUGAAACCAAA